CACAGUGCGUUUCGCGCCGUUUUGAAUGAGCAAAAGCUUUCGAGUUGUGGGAGCUUGCCGCAAUGUGCUCAGUUUGGAGCGGCGUCGAGAAGCGAGUGGUUGUACAUUAGCCCAGCAGAAGCAACAGCAAGUUGAGGAGCAGUCCCGAACAGCUUUAGAUUUUGAAAUUUUGAUUGUUUGCGUGUGUGUGCGUAGUAUAUAGAAGCAGGCAUGUAUCACCUGAAGAGUUUGGCCCGCCAGGGUGCCAUGCGUCAGCAGGAGCUGACGGCAUUGGCCAAGGCAUUGCCGACAGCAGUGCUCCAGACGCGCAACUAUCAGAUUCCCGAUCGUCUAAAGGAUGUGCCAACCGCUAAGGAUCCACGUUUCUUUGACAUGGUCGAGUAUUUCUUCCACCGCGGCUGCCAAAUCUCCGAAGAUCGUCUAAUCGAUGAUAUGAAGGGCAAACUGUCUCUGGACGAGAAGAAGCAGAAGGUGAAGGGUAUUCUGAUGCUUAUGCAACCCUGCGAUCAUAUUAUCGAGAUUGCAUUCCCCCUGCGUCGAGAUGCGGGCAACUACGAGAUGAUUACCGGCUAUCGUGCACAGCACAGCACACACAGGAUCCCCACCAAAGGAGGCAUCCGUUUCUCGUUGGAUGUGUCACGCGAUGAAGUCAAAGCCCUGUCCGCUCUGAUGACCUUCAAGUGUGCCUGCGUCGAUGUGCCCUUCGGCGGUGCCAAGGCCGGUCUGAAGAUCAAUCCCAAGGAGUACUCCGAGCAUGAGCUGGAGAAGAUCACGCGUCGCUUCACCCUUGAGUUGGCCAAGAAGGGUUUCAUUGGCCCCGGCGUCGAUGUGCCCGCUCCCGAUAUGGGCACUGGCGAGCGUGAGAUGUCCUGGAUUGCCGAUACCUAUGCCAAGACCAUCGGCCAUUUGGACAUCAAUGCACAUGCCUGUGUCACUGGCAAACCCAUCAACCAGGGCGGCAUUCACGGACGUGUCUCGGCCACCGGACGCGGCGUCUUCCACGGCCUGGAGAACUUCAUCAAUGAGGCCAACUACAUGAGCAUGAUUGGCACCACUCCCGGCUGGGGCGGCAAGACUUUCAUUGUGCAGGGCUUCGGUAAUGUUGGUCUGCACACCACCCGCUAUCUGACCCGUGCUGGAGCCACCUGUGUCGGUGUGAUUGAGCACGACGGCACUUUGUACAACCCAGAGGGCAUUGAUCCCAAACUGCUGGAGGACUACAAGAACGAGCACGGCACCGUUGUCGGUUAUCCCAAUGCCAAGCCCUACGAGGGCGAGAACCUCAUGUUUGAGCCAUGCGACAUCUUCAUUCCAGCUGCCAUCGAGAAGGUCAUCAACAGCGAGAAUGCCGGCAGAAUCCAAUGCAAAAUCAUUGCCGAGGCUGCCAACGGACCCACUACUCCUGCUGCCGAUAAAAUACUGAUUGAUCGCAACAUCUUGGUCAUCCCCGAUCUGUAUAUCAAUGCUGGUGGUGUCACCGUCUCCUUCUUCGAGUGGCUCAAGAACCUGAACCAUGUCUCAUACGGUCGCCUGACUUUCAAGUAUGAGCGCGAGUCCAACUACCAUUUGCUCGAAUCGGUUCAAGAGUCGCUGGAGCGUCGCUUUGGACGUGUCGGCGGUCGCAUUCCCGUCACACCCUCUGAGUCGUUCCAGAAGCGCAUCUCUGGUGCCUCCGAGAAGGAUAUCGUUCACUCCGGUCUGGAUUAUACCAUGGAGCGUUCGGCGCGUGCCAUCAUGAAGACAGCGAUGAAAUACAACUUGGGCUUGGACCUGAGAACCGCUGCCUAUGUCAACUCCAUUGAGAAGAUCUUCACCACAUACCGUGACGCCGGUUUGGCCUUCUAAGCGGAUCGCAAUUCAAGAAAAACUUAACUAGUUUAUCAAACCAAACUCAAAGCAAGCAAAGCAAUUUCAAUGCAUCCGCGCACCUCCGUUUUUUAGCUAGAACCAAGGAAAGAAGUCACAAAUGCAAAUUAAUUGAUUUAAGGCAACAAAGUCUAAUUUUAGCUGAUGAAAUAAUUUGUUUUUAACGUUUUUAACUUCAUUUGUCUGUGUUUUGUAUUAAGAUGUACAACAAAAAAAAAAAAAAGAAAGAAAAAGAGCGAGCUUAAAUUGCUUUUACAAUGAUUAUUGUUGAUUUUCUGUAAGUUUUCUUUUAGUUUAAUGAGCGUAAAAGUGAAGCAAUUGCAUUUUAUCAAUUAUGUAUCGUAUGUCUGUCGUACGAAACGCUCCGUUUGCCGCAACUUUUAAAGUAAUCAAAUAUACACAUAAAUUAUAAACAUUA